GAGGGCGGGGCGAGGGUCGCGCAUGCGCCCGGCGCCGGCUGCGGGACACCCGGUCGCGAGCGUAUGUGCGCGCUCGCCGCUCCCGUGAGGCUGGGGGCUGCGCGCGGGCGGUCGCGGGCUCGCCGCUCGGCCUCCUGCGGACAGGCUCGCGCGCCCUGGCGGCCGCCGCCAUCAUGUCCGCCGCCAUCGAGCAGGAGUUCCAGGAGAUCGACGCCACGAACGACUGGCAGGCGCGUUAUCUGGAAAUCCGACAUAAAUCCAGUGACUACCCUCACAGAGUUGCAAAAUAUCCAGAAAACAGAAAUCGAAACAGAUACAGAGAUGUUAGUCCAUAUGAUCACAGUCGUGUAAAGCUCCAGAACACCGAAAAUGAUUAUAUCAAUGCCAGCCUAGUGGUCAUAGAAGAAGCCCAGAGAUACUAUAUUUUAACACAGGGUCCACUACCUAAUACAUGCUGUCAUUUUUGGCUAAUGGUAUGGCAACAACAAACCAAAGCAGUUGUCAUGUUGAACAGGAUUGUUGAAAAAGAAUCGGUGAAGUGUGCACAAUACUGGCCAACGAAAAAAGAUGAAGUUAUGACAUUCAACGAAACAGGUUUCCGUGUGAGACUAGUGUCUGAAGACGUCAAAUCCUAUUACACAGUGCAUCUACUGCAGUUAGAAAAUACCAACAGUGGUGAGUCCAGGAUGAUCUCUCAUUUUCAUUAUACUACGUGGCCAGACUUUGGAGUUCCUGAAUCCCCAGCUUCAUUCCUGAACUUCCUGUUUAAAGUCAGAGAAUCUGGUUCACUGAGUCCCGAACACGGACCUGCAGUAGUUCACUGCAGUGCGGGAAUAGGACGUUCCGGCACAUUUUCAUUAGUAGAUACUUGUCUUGUUCUGAUGGAGAAAAAAGACCCAUUUUCUGUAGAUAUCAAGAAGGUAUUACUGGAUAUGAGAAAAUAUCGAAUGGGACUUAUUCAGACUCCUGAUCAACUAAGAUUUUCAUAUAUGGCUGUAAUAGAAGGAGCAAAAUUUAUAAUGGGGGAUUCAACUAUACAGAAACGGUGGAAGGAGCUCUCUAAGGAGGACCAAGCGCCAAGUUCCGAGCAGUCUCCUCCACGCCCAACCAAAAUAACCACAGAGAAGUACAAUGGGAACAGCAUAGGCCUGGAGAACAAUGAUCAGAUGGAGAAAAUAAACACUGACCUGUCCACUAAGGUUCAAGAUAUCACAGAUGGGAACAUUGAAAAUUCUGUCCGGAAACGACUACGGGAGGAUAGAAGAGCGCAAACAGCACAGAAGCUGCAGCAGAUGAAGCAGAAGCUAAAUGAGACUGAAAGAAAAAGAAAAAGGUGGUUAUACUGGAAACCUAUUCUCACUAAGAUUGGGUUUGGUACACUGAUUUUAGUUGGUGCUUAUUUUUGCUGGAAAAUGUAUUUUCAAAAACAUUCCUUGUAAGUGAACAGUAAGUGUGACUGCUCCAACAGCUGAUUUUGCUGGAAGGUAAUGAGUAGGGGUGUGACUUUAAGCAUAAACUCCUUAUUCCUGGAAUGGGUACAGACUGUUACAUACAGUAGAGAAGUGAUGUAAACUUGAUCUCAUGUCGACAUCUCAGGACUUUCCACUGCAGGUACUUAGAAAAAUGAACCGCUGCCCCCCACAGAAUUGAUGGUUUUUGUUUAAUAUGAGCAGGUACAAACUUGCUGCAACUGUUUAUACACUUUUUAAAACGGUGUUCUACCAGAUCUUGAACAAAUGCUGAACCAUGGAGGUUUAGCUACUGAAGGCUGUCUGGAUUUAAAUUUACAUGCCUGACAUAAGCAAUAAACAGUGUUGUAUCAUUUACAUUAUUAAUGCAAAGAAGUUAUCCUUAAGUAUGUGUAAUGUGUAAUGUACUAGUGACAUGAACAUAAACAUUUUAUAUUCUUAUGACCUAGGAUAAAUAUAUUUUAUAAUUGCAUAUUUAAUCUUUUUGUAGUUCACUGUACUUUUAAAAGCUCAGUUUGUACAGAUUUCUGACCAAAAGAA